GUCCUUCCUUCGUUUUGCGUUCGUUUCGUUAUCUUUUUUUUAUAUUCUCGUUCACUCCUUUUUGAAUCUCUCUUACUGGCAUUCAUUUUUUUAUACGCAGAGCGUAUUUUCCAUUCCUUUACAAAGAAGCUUAGGAAAGUACAUAUCACAUCGUAAAGAUAGUCUAUUCGAUUUUAUCCAAGUCGUCAAAAUGAGACAAAAGGCGUUCACAAGACCUGCUCCGAUUGUAAGUUGGAUCGUUCCCCUCACUUGUAUAACAUAACAUUGAAACAAAGCUGACUGAUACCUUUCUAGAAAACAAAUAUCUCACCGAAGAUUGAAACUACUGUCGUUACCACCACUGCCGCUGCUAAGAAGCCAUUACCUGUAUAUUCAUCACUGGCUCCUCUCAGCCCACGAACUGAACUGGAACUACGGCGAUCGUGUUCAGGACUAUUUUCAUCGCGAAGUGCAGCUUCGGCACCCAGCCCGAGGCCGGAUGGAGAAUCGCCUUACGUUCCUUCGAACGCAGCCCGGUCAUUCACCCGAACCACUAACAACAAAUUCGAGACCUCCUUGGGACCCAACACAGAUAUCAGUCCCGAGUCCCCUUCACCAAAAGACCUCGUUCAAGUAAGCACAAUAGUCCAGCCUCCGACGCCCCCAUCCUCGAAUGGCACCGUGGCACCCUACAACUUCUCCAAAACCGCCCUCGCAAGAAAGAUGAGCACAAGUGAGGCCCGCAAAACUCGGACACCCUCGCCCCCAGCAAGCACAGCACGCAACCUCGGAGCGAAAUCCCACGCGCCACCCCACACACCGGUGCGCACGCCCGAGCCGCCGGCAGAAUUGAUAAGCCCCGAAGAGAUCGGCCGAGCAAAGUCCUUCGAAUCAUCCGCAAUACAGGUGCCCGUAGGUUUAAAGCGCAAGCCGUCACUAAUACGCGUAACCCCACGGCCAAAGACAUCAGGCGGAGCCGAAAGCCGGACAAGCGAAUGGGUGCGGCGGGAACUCGAGCGACGGAGGAACGAAAGCGGCAGCGAGAGGGAGAAAUUAGUACUGUUCCCGAGGCCGAAUACCUCGCAUAGUAUGAAGAGGGAUCUGUUACCGAAGGAGCUUGCCGAGAGGCCACUGCCGCCAUUGCCCCAGAUGCCGGUACGUAGUAAGACAAUGGGGAAUGUGAGCGGGCCGUUGAAAAGUCUGAGGAGGCAGUUGACCAUGUUCUUUGGAAGGAGGAAGGACAGGCAUGUACAGGGUAGCCCCGUACCUUCGAGGGUUGCUAGCUAAAGGUUGGCUCUUGAUGGUUGGUAUAAUUUUUAAUUUUUUCUCUACUUUUCAUCCGUGUUUCGGGCGCAUUGGGGGGCUUGGUUCUGUCAUUUGUUUACCUCUCUCUCUCUCUCUCUCUUCUUUUUUUCCUUUACCGAAGUUAAGUAACAGUAGUAAUGGCUUUUUUACCCGGAGUGCAGUAUUAAGUGUAGAUUAUUGGUUGCAGUCCGGUUGGGGUAUAAACAUUUGGGCUCGAACAGGAGUGGUUUUGGAUUUUCCCUGUUGUACAGGGGCGGCUCGUGUAUUUAUGUUGGACACGAGGCUAGAUUGGGCUUUUCUUUGCUCGUGAAUCCUAGGGAUUUCCCAAUCCGAUUCUUUAGCUAGCAACUUUCGUUUCCGUUCUUGAGCGAUGGAUAAUUGGGUGCAUAGUUUGAGGUGUUGGGAGGGCUGUCCUCAUCGUUGAUCACUCGU